ACUUAUAAAUAGAAUCCUUCGACCUACACAGCUGAGGUACAUGCAUAUGAAUAUCAAUUCUUGAACCACGUUUAGCACAGUCGAGUUCAAACAGAUAUCCUUCAGUAGCAGUUAGCAAUAUGGCACCGAAUGGAGAGUGUUUGCCUAGUUCAUUCUCUAGAAACAGCAGCAUGUGCAAACCUCCGAGGCUUUCAUCUGAUCACAUUCAAAGAACGAUCUCAGACAUCUCUUUUGAGCUAACGAAGGAAGGGAUUGAUCUGUCACUGGCACCUAUAACUGAGGUUAUGGAUGCCAAGUGUGAGUGCUGUGGAAUGUGCGAGGAGUUCACUCCUGAGUACAUAGAGCGUGUGCGUGAGAAGUUCUUGGGGAAGUGGGUGUGUGGUUUGUGUAGUGAGGCAGUGAAGGAAGAGCUUGAGAAAAAUGGUGGGAAGAAGGAAGAGGCAUUGAGUUCACACAUGAGUGCAUGUGUGAGGUUCAACAAAUAUGGAAGGGCUUUCCCAGUUCUUUUCCAAGCUGAGGCCAUGAAAGAGAUGCUGAAAAAGAACAAAAUGGAAGGAAGAAGAAGGACUAAGUCCUUCAACCCAAGGGAGAAAGGAGGACAAAACAAAGGAGGCAUUGCUAGAAGUUCAAGCUGCAUUCCAGCAAUCACAAGAGAGAUCAAUAGUCUUCCAAUGUGUUAAGAGUCACAAAACCAACUUAUAAAAUAAGAUUUCCAUCUACUUAUAUAUUAUAAAUCGGUCUUAUAUGAUUAACAUGAACUUCCAACACAAUGGCGAGUUAGUUUCUAAUAACCCUUUAUUAGUACUAUUCUGAAGAUUCAUUGUUCAUUACUUAUUUCUGUCUGAAGGGAACAUGGUUUUGUAUCUAUAAUUGUUUUUCCUACUGGCUAGUGACUGUUCCAAGUUCUGGGGGAAGAACAUGGCCUUAUGUUUUGAUGCAAAAGAUUAAAGGCCAAGUUGUGUUCUUUUGAGUAUAAGGUUUUCUGGGUAACCUCUCACAGCAUUCUGGUUUUUGGAAGCAAGUUCUUCUCAAUUGACUUCUUGUCUGUGUUUUUUUCAGCUGUGAGGGUUGUGCCUGGUUUUUGGUCAGUGGCUAUUCUUGUUUGAAUCAUUCAGUCUAAUGUAUUCUCCUGUUUUCAGGAUCAUUCAUGAAU